AUGGCAACACUAGACAUGAUCACAGGGUCUACACCAAAUAAGGAAUCCCCCUUGCCUACAGUAUCCACGAACUUAUCUUCUGAGAAUAUUCCUGAGGAAGCACUAGUUGAUCCUAAAUGGACACAGGCUAUAGAAGAUGAAAUGGGAGCAUUGUUAAAAAAUCAAACAUGGAUGUUGGCUCCACUACCCAAGGGGAAGAUAACUGUUGGAUGCAUAUGGGUGUUCUAUGUGAAACACAAGGCAGAUGGAUAUAUAAAGAGAUACAAGGUGAGGCUAGUCGCGAAGGGAUACACCCAGACGUAUAAAGUAGAUUAUCAAGAGACAUUUUCACCUGUAGAAAAAUUGAAUACAGUUAGAGUUCUGCUAUCUCUUGUUGCUAACUUGGACUGA